AUUUCACUUUUCAAAACCCUUCGAACCCAAUUCUGUCGCUCUCUCCAAAUUGAUAAUUCUCAGAGAAAAAUGGCUUUUGCUGCAAAAUCUACAAAUGGCUGCCUAGCUUCUUCACUCCCAUCACUCUUCACAGCUUCAAAAGCUUCAUACUCACACCCUUUUCCGUCAAUACGCAUCAAACCCAUCAAAUUACAAAUUUCUUGCUCUUGCGCUUCCUCAAUUCCACUAUCACCUAUUUUGAGGGUUUCUGUCAUCGCCGCUCAGCAAGAAGAGGACAGCCCUGUUCUCCUCGAGGAGCAAGACGGCAGAGAUUUCAGCUGGGCUGAAGCUCCCGACAGCGGAGAGACUGAUGUGUUCGUUGAGCCGCCGGAGGAAGCCAAAUUGUAUGUGGGGAAUUUGCCGUACGACGUCGACGGUGUUAGUCUGGCUCAGAUUUUCAAGGGGGCUGGCACUGUGGAAAUUGUUAAUAUUAUUUGCAAUCGGGAGACUGAGCAGAGUAGAGGGUUCGGGUUCGUGACGAUGAGUAGUGUGGUAGAAGCUGAGAAAGCUGUGGAAAUGUUCAAUCGUUAUGAUCUCAAUGGCCGAUUGCUGACUGUUAGUAAAGCAGCUAAAAGAGGAUCAAAACCCCCUGCUCGUUACAGGAUAUACGUAGGUAACUUGCCUUGGAGUGUGGAUGAUGCACGUCUUCAGCAGGUGUUCAGUGAGUACGGUAAAGUUGUGAGUGCUCGUGUGCUCACUGAUAGAGAGAAUGGAAGAUCUCGUGGUUUUGGCUUUGUAGUGAUGUCAAGUGAAGCGGAAUUGAAUGAUGCCAUUGCCAACCUUGAUGGAAUGAGUUUGGAUGGUAGAGCAAUCAGGGUCAAUGUCGCUGCAGAUGAACCGCCAGGCAACGGUAUUUGAGUUGUACGAAUCUACUAUUGCAUCAAGUCUUAAGGCUUAUUUAUUUGUGCAGAUAUGAUCAAUAUGGUAUUAGGAGGCUAAGAGAGAUUUUAUUUCCACACAUGAAAAACCAGCUUGCUUUUGCCUGCACUCUUAUAGUAUUUAUAGCUUAAACUGGGUAGUCGGACGAGAAAUUUCGCAUUUAAAAGAGACUUGGCAACAUAGUUUU